UACAUUGUUUUCUUUUUCAGAGGAAAAUGUAAAAACGGCAUAUGUCAGAAUUUUUGUGAAAGAUAUAAUAAGGAUUAUACUCCGUGUAUAUGUGGAAAGGAAGAAUUUGCGUGCUAUAGAUGUUGCCGUCACAAAUAUCAGAUGAGCGAGUGUGUACAAAUUAAUGACACGUUUCUCCCAGAUAAAAGACCGUGUUACCAAGGACUUUGUAACCAGGGUCGGUGUGAGAAGGUAAAGAGGGAUAUGAUUCUUCGGUUGUUUAACAUUAUAGAAGAUAUAUCCAUCGAUCAAUUAGUGGAGUUUAUGAGAAGUAAUAUAGUGGGUACUGUUAUAGUAUUAUCUUUGUUGAUAUGGAUACCAGCUAGCUGUACCAUUAGUUUUAUUGAUAAAAAGAAUAAUAGGAAAGAAAAAGCCAAAAGGAAUUGGAUUUGUCUUUUUGUUUGA